AUGUGGAAUAGGCAGGAGGGACGAAUGCCGUCUCGACCACAAUCCCAUCGUACUCGUGAGCGUCAGGCAUCUUUCAAUACCAGUCAGCUUAUCGAGGCUUUCAUUCACAGUGCCCAAAUAGCAAGAGGUGUGCACCCUCAGCAAAGUGAUUUGUCCCAACUCAUUCUGGAAAUGGCCAAGAACCAACUCCAUCAGCAGCAGCCGCAGCAGUCAAUGAACCGAACUAUUCUGCAGCGAGCCACUCCCGACAAACUGCUCAUAACGUCCAGAAGUCCGCCCUUGCGUUCACCGUCGGAGUCUAUUCGAGGAUUUGUCGAUGGCAAUCAUUCCAAGCCUCGGACUUCAUUUGGCCACUCACCAGCUCUUCAAUCCCCGCCUCCUCCUCUACUCCCACCGCCUCUUUCCAACAGUGCCUCAAGAAACCAAUCAGGUCGUCCUCUCACAGCUUCUGACUACAACUCAGCCUCUUCAACCUUCUACAGCCACCAGUUUCGCCAACCCACUCUUACCGAGCAACAAGCCAAAAAACAGGCGGCUUCGCUAUCCAUCGAUCAGCAGCUAUAUCCCGCUACUCUGUUCUAUAUGAUGGCACAACAGCAACAGCAGCAACAAAUGCGCGGACAUCCACCGCCCCAAAUGCCCCUUUCUUCACAUUCGGAAGGCGAUAAGAAGUCUCUAAUUGACUACUCAAAAGUUGGUCUACCUUCAAAUGCGCGAAAUCCAAAGAACGAUCCCUACAGUUCGCAUACACAUCCUCAAUCACACAACCCCUACAUUCGCGUACCACCAUCCUACCAUCCCUGGUCCAAAACGGAGCCCUCCUCAUUUACAGGAUCGGGUUACUCCACUAUCGAUAUACUUCGAGAGUCCAAACAAGCUUCCGAGUCUGCAAAGCCAGCCAAUAAACUACUGACCACCUCUGCCGCAGCCCCAGCACCAGCCCCAGCCUCUUCAAUUAAAAAUCAGUCCGACGCGGUGGAUCAUCACUUUCAAAUGGCUUUGAGUAACAACAGGAGCGGUAGCGGUGGUGUCGGUGGCAGCACUCAGCCGGAACCACCGACCCCCGUGGAAAUGACCAAUGAAAGGAAGGCUAGUGACAGCCACAAAUAUCCUCAUCCCUUUCCGAACCACUCCUCCGUGAUUCAGACAGUUCAUCAUGGUGUUUCUUCGUGCUCCUCUUCGUCCUCUAUCAGUUCCAUGUCCCUCUUUGACCGUGAUGCCAAUUCUCCCAGUCGAAAACUCUUUCCUUUGCCUCCACCAAAGUCUGAGAAUAGAAUAAACAGUGAGGCCUGUCGAUUUUCCCUGAAAAAGAGACUUAUUCAACGCUACCAAGCCGAUGCGACCACAGGACUUGCUUCGGAGUCUGCUGCAGUCAACCAGGAGAGAAUACCCGAGCAACAACCCCAAACGAUGAUAAAGCAGGAGCCUGGUGCAAUUCUCGCCACAACACUAGAGGCGUCGUCCUCCGAUCGUCAAUUUUUUGCGGAAUCGAGUAAAGCUGAAGAAGACCGAGCUCUGCCAGGGGGUCAUGAAUCACCGUCCUCUCCUGCGAGCGCUCACUCCAUUGUCAACGGAUCCUUGCCAGAAGAGGCUCCUUCCAAAGACAUUACGAAAUGCGUCGCAAACAGUACAGCUCGUCGGCACCCGCCAGUACGGGCCUCAAAGAUGGCACCACUGAUGUGCUCCCUCAACGAGUCUUCUCAGUCUCCCUCCACCACCUCCUCUCUAAGCAAACGAGUUCGCAAUAAUGCUGUAAAACAACAUCCCGGUUUCACUUCCGUUCGAAAACGCACUGCUGCUGGGGGUAGUGGCGAAUCGAGUGGCACCAAACUGUCACGUGUAAAGCCUACCAAACCCCGGUUUUAUAACAGUCGAGUGGCAUCACCAGCAGCGGCGAGCGAUACAGCUCUGCAGAGCAGUCGCCGAAGUCGCACAACGUCGGUACGAUCGACCACUGAUCAGACCCAUUCCGAAUUUGAUUUCAAUGGGCAGGAUGAAGACGAGAAGGAGAUUUUGUCAAUAGAGACGAGUGGAGGAAGUGCAAAGGCGACUCCUAAUCGGAGAUGGUUUGGCUCGCGAAAGCGAAAAUCGACUGCUGCUUCGUCGGGCCCCUUGUUGCGAAUAAAAGUACCACGUAGAUCGAUAGAAGAGGAGGAGGCUGCGAAACGACCGAAGCACAGGAAACGCACACAAAAUACUCGACAAAACAAGACCACUUUGAACACCCUUCCGCGUAACUAUUUGGAAGAGGAAGACUAUGAGGAGGAAGAGGAAGAGGAAAGAGAGGAGUCGAAUGAGGAUGACCUGGAGACCACGACUCCAGUCCAGCGGGAAGAAGAGCGGGGAUCAAAUGGGGGUGAAGACGAGAAGGGUGGGCGAGGGGAAGAGUCUUUGAAGUGUCAUCGAUGUGGCCAGUUGGUAAAGGCGGUGAAAAUAGGGCGUCUAACCGACCCAUUUGACUUUCAGUGCUGCGAGGAGAAGUUAUCACUUCAGAAAAUUAGAAGGCGGCUUCCUCCUCCACCAAAUUUGGCCAUCCUCUCGCAUCGGUCACUCUGCGGUGGUGAGCUGGGAGCACAGGACGUAGAUGAUGCCGGGUCUGAGGCAGAAUCCCCCUUCCUUCAGUUGAACAGCUGCACGGAACUGGAGAGGCUAAAGCCCUCCUUCCGUUGCCGAGCCUGUAGGGAGGCCAGUCGAGUCUCAUCUACCACCAUCGUGGAGACCAACAGUAAGCCCAGCGUUAUUGGCAAUGGCAACAAUAACAGCACUACGGACAAGAACGGUGCCCGUCGACGGAACAUCAACAAUCGCAACCAUCCUUCCUCUGCUGCCACCAGUGCAAAUAAUCCCUCCUCUUCACGCGGCACUAGUGAUGCAGGGAACGAUUCGAAGACUGCUGCGGCUACUGUCUCUGUGUUUUGCCGAUUCUGGGGCUUCCGAAAGCAAGUUGAAUUACGUGCCCUUUAUUACCUUCUAAUUCACCAACCUUCAUGA